AGAGGAGGUUUUACGCUGAGCAUCGAAUCGAAGCAUAAACCCUCUCCUCUCCUGUCCGCUCCGUUCCGUUCCGUUCCGGAAUCGCAUGCCUUUUCGAUCUCAGCUGUGAAAAUUAGUGGUUUAAACAUCAUGCCGGAUACGCAAUCCCUUGUUAAUGACUUUCUCAACAAGCUCAGAAAGCGUAAGAUUGAGGGCUCUCAGGCAACGGCAAAGCAGACUGCUGAACUGCUGAGAUCCGUGAUUUCACAAACGCGAGUCCCUUAUACAAACCAGGCUGGAGCUCUGAUUGAUGCUGUGAAAGCUGUUGGGGAGCAGUUAAUUGCUGCAAAUCCUAUUGAGCUCGCUGUCGGUAAUAUUGUCCGACGUGUAUUGCACAUUAUUCGGGAGGAGGAUCUUUCCCUGACAAAUGCUGCUAUAGCUGGACUUAACUUAUCAGGUGUAAGUGAUGAUGAAGAUGGGGCUGAGGGAGAUGAGCAACCAGUUCUAUCGGCUGCUGUUCUUGCUGCUGCCGCUAGAAGCACUUUGCGUCCACCUUCCUUACAAACUCUUCUUGAGGAUGUACCGGACUCUGCAGCAGUUCCUCACACAUCUUCGUCUGGGGGUGAUUCUGAAGGAAAAAGCAAAUCUGCUGAUAAAAGUUCAAGAAGCCGGAAGCUGAAGCAUGAUGUAAUCGAGGCAGUUAAUGAGCUCAUUCAAGAUAUUGUUACUUGUCAUGAUCAGAUUGCUGAGCAAGCAGUGGAGCAUAUACAUCAUAAUGAAGUGAUAUUAACGUUAGGUAGUUCAAGAACAGUGCUGGAAUUUCUUUGUGCUGCAAAGGAGAAGAAAAGGUCAUUUCGAGUAAUUGUAGCUGAGGGUGCUCCAAGGUAUCAGGGCCAUCUUCUUGCAAAAGAAUUGGUUACAAGAGGUCUACAGACCACACUGAUUACUGACUCUGCUGUUUUUGCCAUGAUAUCCCGAGUGAACAUGGUUAUAGUUGGAGCCCAUGUUGUCAUGGCUAAUGGUGGGGUUAUAGCACCUGUUGGGUUGAAUAUGGUGGCACUUGCAGCUAAAAGGCAUGCUGUCCCCUUUGUAGUACUAGCUGGCAGUCACAAGUUAUGCCCUCUGUAUCCCCACAAUCCUGAAGUCCUACUCAACGAGUUGCGAUCUCCGUCUGAGCUCCUGGAUUUUGGAGAGUUCUCAGAUUGCAUGGAUUUUGGAAGUGGCACUGGUUCCCCCCUUCUACAUGUUGUCAAUCCAACAUUUGAUUAUGUUCCACCAAAGCUCGUUAGUCUCUUUAUUACAGACACAGGAGGGCAUAAUCCAUCAUAUAUGUAUCGGCUCAUUGCAGAUUAUUACUCGGCUGAUGAUUUGGUAGUUCAACGAAGACCCACUCCAGGGAAUUAACCUCAAAGUAAUCUGCUUUCUUGUCCGUUAUAUUCAAUUUUGUGAGACUAUUUGAAAGCUUUUUGAAUGGAUAAAUGGAUUCAAAUAGAUGUGGAUUUGUCUUGACUACCGUGUUGGAGGACACCAUGCAAUGAUGAUCAGAGUUUGUGAAAUCAACUUAAUAGAAUUUAGAGAAACAGAGGAAGCCAAUUUUACAUUUAUGCAGUAGAGGGGCUUUGGGGAGUAAGGAAAUGAAUGUAAGGUAAUUUAAUUUUUGUAGCGGCAUGAAUUUAGUCACCCUACUCUGUACUAAUAAGCUAGUCAUACCUAAUUUUUGUAUUGCAUCUAGAUGGAACAUUGAUGGUAUAGCAGGUACCAGGAGAUGAUAACCAUUUCCGAAUUUGUAUCUUGCUCGAAAACUUUAAAUGUUUCCAAAGUAAUUUUGUUC